CACCCACCUCCCCUGGGGUUUUACUUUCUGUCACUGGGGAGAAGAGGAGGACGAGAGAAAGCAGAGAGAGAAGGAGAGAGAAAGCAGAGAGAGAGGAAGAGAGAGAGCUAAGGCCAGGGGCUUUGCUGACUGCCAUUGUCGCUGUCUGUCAGGAGAAGCACUGGGGAGAAAGUGAGAGAGAGGGAAGAGAGAGGAAAAGUUCCUGCUGAGUUAAAGUAGUCCACAGGACCGCGCGUACAGUAUUCAACAGCUUCCCUAGGCUAUCGGUCGGCCAUCGCAAGGGAGAGAGAGAGUUACACCAAAGGAUUUUUUAUUUAUAGCCCCUCCAACGGCGACAGCCAGUAACAACUUUUCUGAGGGGUGUGUGUGGUUGGUUAGUGGAGAUAAAGGACUAGUUAGUGAUUUUGUUUGGCCAUGCAACAGGCCUGGGAUAAAGCUCUCUUUGAGGCUCACAUCGAAGGUGUCAAGAACGGCGAAACUGGUGAAAUGUCGGGGAAAAGCCAAGGAGGAUAUAUGGGAGCCAAGACGUCCAACGAACACUUCCAGAGCACCAGCGUGUCCGACGGCAAUGAUAACAAGCCCCAGCCAGUGGGUGGUGGCCCGGGCCAGCUGAGUGGUGGGGGUGGGACCCACCAGAACACACAGCUCCUCUUGACACCCGCCAGCAUCCAGCUAGCCCAGCUCCAGGCCCAGCUCACCUUCCACCGCCUUAAACUGGCCCAGAGUGCUGUGGGAGGCAACGCAAACUCUGCAAACGUAGCCAGCAUCCUCAAUCAGGUCCUCGCCAAUGUGGCCAUGUCCCAGCCCCUCUUCAACCAGCUCCGCGCCUCGGCCAUGGUCAGUAAUCCCCAAGCAGGUGGUGGUGGUUUCCACUCCAGUGCCCUAGCCUUCCAACUGCCUCCACCACCGCUGCCACCGCCUCCACCGCCGCCACCCCCCAACUCUGCCCUGGGGACUUUGGUAGGGGCCGGAUUCAACCAGAAUCAUGGUAAUCUGAGGCUGAACCAUUACGGAGGUGGGGGUGUUUCUGGGAACCAACAGCAGCAGCAACAGGCCAACCAGCAUGGUGGAUCAGACUACGGCAAGAAAGCUUCAGAUACGGAUAGGCGUCUCCAGUAUGGCUUCAUAGGGGGGACGUCGGUGGCGUUGAGUGAAGCCGGAGAGGGACAAGGACAGUACGUGCCAAUCAUGACUCAGGCAAAGAGUACAAAGCAAGGCUUUCAGAUUGACUUCUAUGGUCAGAGUCAACAACAACAGGCUGGGUUCGGUGUUGGGAAUCAAUACGGUCAGAACCAGAACGCUUUUAAUGAGCAGCAGUGGAAAAGCCCAGCUAACAUGAGCCACGCGGGAAAAGGGUUGGACAUGGUUUCCAAUGCUGCCACAGUAUGGAUGGGGACUGGGCAGCCAUUCUGUGCCAGAGAGGAAUUGUACAAUCCAGAGGAGCCAACCUCUGACCCCAAGUUAAAUUCCGGAGGUGGGGGAGUUACUUCCUCGUUCGGAGCAGGCAUGGGUGGCACCAAGGGGUUUGUGGGAUACCACAAGCAACCCCUGCAGGGGGGAGAGGAGACCCUGUCUACAGGUGGUUCCGUACAACUCCAACCUCACCAGCUGAAUGACUUCCACGCCGUGACGCCAUCCCACCUGCCCCACCAGUGCACCAUCUGUGAGAAGAAGGUCUAUAACCUCAAGGACUGGGACCAGCACGUGAAAGGUAAACUACACCUGCAGAACCGCUUGCUGUACUCUGAAGGUGCUACAAUCCCAGCCGGAGCUGUCCACUACGGUCCCGCCGGGUCGUCUGAAGGAUGCCUAAACAACGUCGGAGUGAAUAACUCCAUGGCUUACUCUUCCACCGCCAAUCAAGAUGUAUCAUCCGGAGCUAACCUACCAGCUGGAGCCAUGAGGACCUAUCCGAUGUCAGGGGCUGGAUUUACCCAACUCCCACCUGGGUCAAAGGUCAGACAAAUGUUUUGGCUUUCGCUUAUCAAGAUUAGGGGAUAUGUGCUACUGCUGUGUGCGGAUGCAAAUACGUGUAGGCUACAACGACAGAUUGUACCAGAGAGCAUGGCAGAGGAAGAGCUCAACACGGGGGCCCAAUAUGGGAGCACAUAG